AUGAAGUCCUUUGUCGCCGUCACCACCUUCGCCGCCGUGGCGCUCGCCACCACACCUACUACCGCGGAGAACUGCGCCAUGCACUGCAACUUGGCCAUGGACGGCUGCGUAGCGACUGGCUCGCCCAUCUCCGUCUGCACUGACGUGUACAUCGAGUGCCUCGGCUACAACCCCUACGACGAGGUGCCCUUCACGAAGCCCACCAAGUGCCACCUGGUCGGUUCCCCUGAAUUCUGCGCCGACAGGUGCAACUCGUCCAUGGACGGGUGCGUCGCCGCCGGCAAAGCCAUCAAGGACUGCACCGAGACUUACGUCAAGUGCCUCGGCUACAACCCUUACGAUGAGACGCCGUUCACGAAGCCCAAGGCUUGCCGCGCCUCGCACGUCCGCCGUGACGCUUGCGCCGAUCGGUGCAACACGGCCAUGGACAAGUGCGUCGCGGGCGGCAACGCCAUCAAGGGCUGCACCGAGACCUACGAGAAGUGCCUCGGCUACAACCCUUAUGAUGAGGUGCCGUUCAAGAAGCCCACGACUUGCCGCAAGGAGCACCUUCCUCGUGACGCGUGCGCCCGCAGGUGCAACUCGGCCAUGGACAAGUGUGUCGCCGGCGGCAAUGCCAUCAAGGACUGCACUGAGACUUAUGAGAAGUGCCUCGGCUACAACCCCUACGACGAGGUUCCCUUCAAGAAGCCCACUUCUUGCCGCAAGUAA